AUGAAUUUUAGAAAAGUUCCUCUUCAUUUUUGGGAUUCUGAUGGCUUAAGUAUAAUUGUUAGUUAUCUUGGAAGACCUAUUAUGAUGGAUAACCAGACUUUAAACCGCACUAGAAUGAGUUAUGCUCAAGUUUGUGUGGAACUUGAUGUUAAUUUUGAUUUUCCUACUUCUAUUCCUGUGGUUGUGGAUGGUACUAAGAAAUUUACAGUUGAAGUAGAGUAUUCAUGGAAGCCUCCUCGAUGCACACAUUGUCAUGUGUUUGGACAUAUUCUUAACGGAUGUGUUAAGCUUAAAAUUGAAAAAGUUGUUGCUGCUGCAGCUUCUGCUGAAAAACAAAAGUCUCAAGUGAAGGAAGUUUGGGUGGUGAAACAGUCUAAAGCCUCAAAAAGAAAUAGAGAAACAACAGUGGAGGAUGGUGUUACUCUUGAUAAUGCUAGUGAUUCUACCUCUUUGGCUAAUAUGAGUGGUGAUGAAAAUAGGGAACAAUAUGUGAUUCAAUGCUCUUUACCAACUAAUAAUAUCUUUACUGCCUUAGAUCCUGGUUCUUCAUCAAGGGUGUUAAUGGAUAUUACUCAUACUUCUAAUACAGUCAUUGGCAAUGGUUCUACUAGUGAAGUUCAUAUAUCAGUAUCAAAAGAAGACUCUCUUUCUAGUGGUUCUGCUAGAACUCAUUUUCCUGGUAAAUCCAGUUCUUCUAAUCCUUUUUCUCAGGGAUUGCAGGUUAGAGCUACUGACCUUAAAAAGGUUAGUAGACUUAAGAAGCCUCAUAUUCCUGUUCCCAAUAAUGUUUAA